GGCAGCUUCAUUUCUUCUGUUUUGUCUUUCAGAAUAAAGUCUUAAAUGUGGAUGCAAUGAAGGUAAAGCUGCAGAUCUGGGACACCGCGGGGCAGGAGAGGUUCCGCAGCGUCACUCAUGCCUAUUACCGAGAUGCCCAUGCUUUGUUACUGCUGUACGAUGUUACAAAUAGAGCUUCGUUUGACAACAUCCAAGCAUGGCUGACCGAGAUCCAUGAAUACGCACAGCAAGAUGUGGUCCUCAUGCUGCUGGGAAAUAAGGUGGAUUCGACCCAGGACAGAGUGGUAAAAAGGGAAGAUGGAGAGAAAUUAGCCAAGGAGUACGGAGUGCCCUUUAUGGAGACCAGCGCGAAAAGCGGCUUGAAUGUCGACUUGGCCUUUACGGCCAUUGCAAAGGAGCUGAAACACAGGUCCAUGAAGCUGCCCAAUGAGCCCAAAUUCAAGCUCCAUGACUACGUGAAGAAGGAAGUCAGAGGCUCAGGAUGCUGCAGAUCCUAAAGUGCAGGCUCCAGGAGCCAGGGCAGCUGUACAGAGACUCAUGCCAAGUGUUCAUGUGCCACACUCCCUCCUCGUGGACAGUAUGUGCAUGUGUGUUCAUUGUCUGUGUAUUCUCGUAAAGGCGAGCUCAGAUGUGGAGUGAAAGGAGCAGAAGAAAAGGGUCUUUCUUGGUAGCUCCGACACUGGCUCUGGUGCAGCCACGACAUUCCAGGCACCACGGCCCAACACCCCAUUGUAGUAGUAUUCGUUAAUUACACACUGUGAUCGCUUCAGGUGGGGUGUAAAACUUCAAGUUCCUCCCAGGGGGAUUGUCUGUCCCACAUCAGUCACUGGGGACCUGUCCACUCCUACGAGCUAACGGUUGCUAAUCCUGACAUGGGUUUGAUGCAGACUUUCUCUAACGUGUCCAGAGAGGAGUUUGGUAUUGGUCCGCAUGCACACCUAGACAUCAAGAACUCGUUAUCAUGGUGGCUCUUGACACUUACUCCCUCUGUGGCCUUGGGCAAGUCAUUUGACCUCCUUUUGCCUCGGUUUUUCUACCUGUAAAAUGGAGAUGGUAAUACAGCAGCAGAGGGCACUGUGAGGAUUAAUGUUGGAAAGGCGCUAUAGAAGUGCUAGGUAUUAUUAUACAACUGAGGGAAACUCCACCCUCUUACCCCCCCCCCCAUACCUCUGUUUCUGGGCUACCCUGCUCCAUUCCAUUUUUCUUUUCCCACUCAGAAUUCAAUUAUGAAAACAUUUUGGGCUAGGGUAUAUUUUGUGUGUAUUAGAGAUCUAUAAACAUGCCCAAGAAAGAUCCCCGUUUUCAAGGCAAAUAUUUUUGUAGUCUCUCCCUUCUUACAUAUGUCAGUUUUACCAUGUUGUAUAACAUACAUUCCUUGCUAGAGGCUUCUCCUGCUCUCCCCUGCAAAAGACAAGAGCUUAGCUGUCUGGUUUUGAGUAAACUCCUGCAAACAUACCUGUUGUACAGAGAAACUCUGACUGUUUACAUGUUUGAUAAAGGCUUUUGCUCUCCAUUAUUGCUGUUUCUAGUAUUCUGAGUAAGUAAAAACCCCCAAUGUAUUGCAGCUUAUGCUAACUAUCUUAAUGUGGGUGAUAGCGUUUUCAGACUGCAAUGCUGCUUUGAUUUCUUUAACACUCUCUUGGGCUAGAUCUUGCUUUCAGCUAAAGAAAACCAAGGAGAAUGCUAUAGGUUUUAACUGUACAGGUUUGUUAAAAGCCCUUUGCCAGCACUGUUCAUUGGAAUCUGUUAUUUUUGUAAUGCACUUCUAAAUGCAGUGUUUGGGGGAGUUCAGAGACAUUGUUGCCAAAAGAGGAUUUUUAACUGCAGAUAGUCAUAAAUAUGAAAUUUGCAACUAUCAGGAUUAACUGCACUGAAUUUCCCAACACCACUUUAAUUGUGAAAUAAACAGUUAUUUUAAUCAGCAAAUCAAACCCCCACCAGCUGCAAGCAGGUUGGGGAUUUAUUUAGCUCAUUAAAAUCCACCCCCUUGUUCUGUUCAGCUGAACUGAGUUGAGUUGUGAUGCUGCAUUCUGUCCACACCUGUAACUUGCUCCUGCCAAUGAGAGCGUGGACUUGAAAGGAAUGCAAGAUUCAGGCACAGCCACUGAAGAAGUGGCCUCAGAGGGUUACUUUUCCUCAAUGAGCUGCUUUAAAGGUGAGUGCUGUACAAAGAAUUGCAACUUUAAAAAUAUAGAUACUCUGUUAAGGUCAGUCUGAUGUAUUUUUAGUAGCAGCAGAAGGGCAAGGAAGAGUCAUAAAAACAAAAGCUGCAAUCCUGACCUAGUCAAAACAUGGCAAUUAUUUUUUCCUGGAAUUUUUUUCUUAAAUUUCCCAUUAUUUUUUUCAGAUUUUUGCUUAAAAAUUGUAAACUUUAU